GGCAAGUGGGAAGGAACCGCCCUGGACAGCAGGAACGUUGUAGCAGAAUUGAGCAGUCCACAGGAUCCAGGAGCCGCUUUCUGGGACACCUCCAGAAAAGGUCUUCGGGGUGAGACCACAGCCUCAAAGGGCUCACCAUGGCUGGGCUGAAAACAGCCACUGGGGAGUACAUUGAUGACUCUUGGGAGCUCAGCGUUUUUGUAGAAGACCUGGGUCCUGAGGCUGCUCCGGUCACACUCCGGGUUACCGGCAACUUACAUAUUGGAGGCAUCAUGCUACAGAUUGUGAACAAAUUAGAACUUCAGAGGGACUGGUCAGACCAUGCCCUUUGGUGGGAACAGAAGAAACUUUGGCUGCUGAAGACAAACUGGAGCUUGGAUAAAUACGGGAUUUUGGCAGACGCCAAACUCCUGUACACUCCCCAGCACAAGCCGGUGCUCCUUUCCUUGCCAAAUCGCUGCAGCGUCCGAAUCCGGGCCAACUUCGCCCAGCCUGUCUUCCGCACGGUUGGCGACAUCUGCAGGGUGCUUGGUAUUCGCCACCAUGAAGAGCUGUCAUUGCUGCGCGCCCCAGAGGAGAAGGACAAGCGGAAGGCGAAGGAGAAAGAGAGAAGCAUGGUGGAGAUCUAUGACCUGUCUGGGGUGCGGCUGCCGGCAAGUGCAGAACAGCAGCAGUUUCGCGGGAUGCCCGCUCACUUCUCGGACAGCGCCGAGACCGAGACCUGCUAUCGGAUGCUGUCCGUCAGUCAGACUGGUCUGACCCCCGAGCAGAUCGUGCGAAUGCAUCGGCCGGGAUCCAUCAUUGAGAAGACACAGAUCAACAGCAGGUGGCUGGAUUCAUCGCGGACUUUGCUGCAGCAGCAAGUGAAGGAGUACGAGUCCUUAUGGCUGCGUUUCAAGUACUACAGCUUCUUUGACCUGGAGCCCAAGUAUGAUGCUGUGAGGAUCAACCAGCUGUAUGAACAGGCACGCUGGGCCGUUCUGUUGGAGGAGAUUGAUUGCACUGAAGAAGAGAUGGUGGUGUUUGCUGCUCUGCAGUAUCGCAUCAACCAGCUGUCUUUGAACGCCAACCCUGUGGAGCAGCCUGGCGACUCUGGCCUUGAUGACUUGGAUAAAGCCCUCGCCACCCUAGAAGUCAAGCUAGAAGGUUCGGCAUCAGCUUCUCCCAGCAUUCUGGACAGCCUCACAGCUAUCCCAGAAUUGAAGGAUUACCUCCGAAUAUUCAGGCCCCGCAAGCUCACUCUGAAAGGUUACAAGCAGUAUUGGGUGAUCUUCAAAGAGACGUCCAUCUCCUACUACAAGAGCCCCGAGGAAGCGCUGGGAGAGCCGGUGCAACAGCUCAACCUCAAGGGCUGUGAAGUAGUCCCGGACGUCAACAUAUCUGGCCAGAAAUUCUGCAUCAAGCUGUUGGUGCCUUCGCCUGAUGGGAUGAGCGAAGUACACUUGCGCUGUGCGGAUGAGCAGCAGUACGCCCGCUGGAUGGCUGCUUGCAGAUUAGCAGCGAAGGGCAAGACCAUGGCGGACGCAUCAUACCAAGCAGAGGUGGAGAACAUCCUGUCGUUCCUGAAGCUGCAGCGGACCAACCCGGACGCGCCCCAGGCUCCGGAGGCGGAGGGCGCCCAGUGGCUCGUGUCCCCGCGCUACCAGAAGAAAUUCAAACCUAAGCAGUUAACACCCCGCAUCCUAGAGGCUUAUCAGAACAUAGCCCAGCUCUCGCUUCCCGAAGCCAAGAUGAAAUUUAUCCAAGCCUGGCAGUCCCUCCCUGAUUUUGGGAUCUCUUACUUCGUAGUCCGGUUCAAGGGCAGCCGGAAGGAUGAAAUCUUGGGCAUCGCCAACAACCGUUUAAUCCGCAUCGACCUGGCUGUUGGGGAUGUGGUGAAGACCUGGCGAUACAGCAACAUGCGACAGUGGAAUGUUAACUGGGAUAUCCGGCAGGUGGCCAUAGAGUUCGACGAGCACAUUAACGUGGCCUUCAGCUGCGUCUCUGCCGGUUGCAAGAUUGUCCACGAAUACAUCGGUGGGUACAUCUUCCUGUCCACCCGCGCGGCCGACCGAGGCCAGACGCUGGACGAAGAGCUCUUCCACAAGCUGACGGGGGGCCACGAAGCCCUCUGACCUUCCGCCACACGGCCGUCCCCUUCCCUGGGACACGCACACGGGGCCCGCUGCCUCCUCAAGGAACUCUCUAGCCGAAACGGGUGGUCAGAGCCUCUAACUGGAGCCUGGGGUGUCCCUUUAAGAACUUGGGAGAGGAGCUUCGAAAGGGCCAGGGAGUGAGAUUGCUUGUUAAGAGAGAGGGGAAAAACCUUUCUUACUGCAGCCAAAGGAGCAGAGGCCUGCAGGAAAAGGAGUCUUUGAACAAGCUGGGUGCUGCCAGUGGGGGAGGGAUGGGUGGGGUGUUCGGAAUUCCCCCCCCCCCCCAGAGGUGGGGGAAUAACAAAUGCAGCCUCCUUGCUCCAAGGAGGACAAUUUUACCAACUCCCGUGUCUCUAGCCCCUUAUCUGCCCCUUUCCAGCAUCUUUGAAUGAUUGCAACUCGCAAAACCUUCCCAAUUCUUGGGCUAGCUUUCGGGCCCUACGGGUAGCUCAGAGCAAUUUGGGUCAAGAGGCCUUUAAUGAUGACUAAAUGGGAUGGAAUAUUGCUCUUUGCGGGGGGGAGAUGGGAUUGUGUUUGCUUCUUUGUUGUUAUUAUACACCCCCCCAUGGGGCUAUUAAAAUGCUGGAAAUGCC